UGGCGUUUAUUUGGCCAUGUGGAGGAGAAGGACCGGAGAAGUUGGUUUUUAGAUGGUUGUCGUCUUAUGUUUUUGCUGCUUCAAAGGAUUGCACGCGAGCGUUUGGCUUCUACUAGCUAACUGCUCUUUUUAAUAGAGUGCGCGAGGCACUUUAAUUAACUUUUUAAUUUAAAAUAAAAGCAAACAGGGGAAGUGACAGCUUUAUGUAACUUUUUAACUUUUUUUCCUCAGGGAGUGUAAAUUACUUUUUUUAAGUGUUAAAAUUCCUUUAAGAAAAUUAAUAAACUUUUCCAGUUUACCUCGCGCCAUGGAGAGGAUCGACGACGGUUACUCGGCAACGCAGGAGUAUCCACAUCCGUUCAUUCACAAAAUGAAGCUGACCAGGGCGCAAAGGAUCCGGGGUUUCAUCCUCGGCAGCAUCCUCUUCCCCAUACGCGUCACCUUGGCGGUCCUUUUCUUCCUCAUAAUGUGGCCCAUCGCCCGGCUGCGAUUGGCCGGCCUGUCCGAGGAGGAGCGCUCCAAACCCGUAGAAGGCUGGCGCCGCUGGUUUUACCACCCAAUCAUCUGGCUGAUGAGCAGAGCUGUGUUCUUCUCUCUGGGUUUCUACUGGGUUAAGGUCAAAGGUCGCAGGGCAAACCUAAAGGAGGCUCCGGUGCUGGUGGUGGCGCCCCACAGCAGCUUUCUGGACAUGCUGGUUUUAUGCCCGGCCCAGCUGGCGACGGUGGUGUCGAGGUCAGAGAACACCAGCCUGCCGGUCAUAGGAGCACUGCUGGAGUUCAACCAGUCUGUGCUGGUGAGCAGGAAGGAUCCAGAGUCGAGAAAAAAAGCUGUCGCUCAACUCAAUGAGAGGUUGACCUCCGACGGCUACUGGCCUCAGAUGCUGAUGUUUCCCGAGGGGACAACGACUAACGGCAGUGCUCUCAUCAAAUUCAAGCCCGGUGCCUUUCUCGCUGGAGUUCCUGUCCAACCUGUGCUGCUGCAUUACCCCAACAAGCUGGAUACUGUUCGCUGGACAUACAAAGGCACAGACUGGGCCCUUGGAGUCCCCGCUACAGACCACGUGAUGGAGGGUGGGGUUCCCGUCAGCAAAGUCGGCGGCCUGUCCCUCCCGCUGGAGUCUCCAGCCAGAGAAACGCUGACGCUGCUGCACAAAAACGGUCUGGGAGCGCAUGAAGUACAGGCAGCUCUGGACAGGAUGAUUGACAGGUGUCGCUCAGGAGCUCAGGGUGCAAAGGUCAGCGCAGAGGAGCUCGCCUCCAUCCUCGGGCUGAGCCACCAGCAGACAGCUGUCCACAUCUGCGGCCUCUACUCCAAGGAUGACUCUGUGGACCUGAGGCACAUCUAUUUUAGUGUCGCACCCCUGACUGGAUGUGUUGACCUGAAGACACUGCUUCACUCAGCUUUCACUUUGUUUAACAGAGAGGGCGGAGGCAGCCUGAGCGAAAGGGAGCUGUCGGACCUGAUGGAGGCGCUGGUGGGCGUCCCUCAGCACAGAAUUGCCGACCUCUACGCCGCCACCUCCGAUCAGAACCGGCUCACUGAAGAGAGUCUGCUGCGGGUGCUGACUGCCCACCCAACCUUUCAGAAAGUGACGAAAGAGUACCUGCAGCCCGAGGAGGCUGCAGGUACUCUAUCCAACAGGAGGUCUGUGAACAAUAACGGAUCAGUUUACAACAACAGCAAGAAGUCAGAAUGAGGACCUCGUAGUGGAUUAUUUUAGGGGGGGGGGGGCAGAUUGAACCGAAAUACUGGACAGAAGAUUGUAGACAUGUGAGGCGUGAUGUGAAGUAUUUAUAACAAUGUAUAAACCAAAUGGUGUGACUAAAUGAUACUAC